AUGCUGGGCUCUGGGGCAAGGCGCCCUAAUCCUCGCAUCUCUGUGAAGAAUGCCGUGUUUGCCAAAAUCGUUGUUGGCUUCGAUAAAGCGGAGUUCACCAUACACCAAGACCUUCUAACCCAUCAUUCGCCCUUCUUCCGGGCUGCCUUGACAGGGAAGUUUGAGGAAUCCGAGACGAAGGAGGUGGUAUUGGCGGAUACCAAACCUGAAAUUGUCGAGUUCUUCGUUCACUGGCUCUACUACGGACGAUUUCCAGAGGACAGGGACGACGCCGCGCUUGUGGACUUGUGGACUUGUGAUGACGAGAAAGGCUCUCGAAAGAAGACGAGGAAUCUUAUACGGCUUUACAUCUUCUGCGACAAAUACGAUGUGCCCCAGCUAAGACACACGGUGAUGGAUGAGCUAUACAGUGUCAUGACGUUCAGGGCGGGACGUUUGCCUGAUCCUUCCAUCACCUCGGAAGCGUUUGAGAAACUGCCCGACGAAUCUGGAAUGUGCCCAGUUCGUUAUUGA